GUCGUUGUCUCCUCCACUCCGGCUCCUCAGUUGCGGAUCUUCCAGCGUUGCGAGCAGAGCCAACCCAUCAGAUCCCCAGGCCGAAAGCACACACGCAAUAUGUGGUGGAGCCGUAAGUUAGCCUCGAGGUGUCUGCGCCUCCAUCGGGCCAAGAGCACCGGAAGAAGCACAACCUCCAAGGAACCGGAGCAGACUCUGGGCAUAAUUGGAGUGCCCUUUGCCAAGGGUCAGGGCAAACAGGGCGUGGAACUGGCUCCGGAUUUCCUCCGCCAGAGCAGCCUGCGUCAGGUGCUGCAGAGCAGUCAUGAUGGCCUGGUGAUACGGGACUACGGAAACCUGCAGUACGCCGUGGACGAGCCCCUUCUCCAGCAGCAGCGGGUGCACUACCACCACAUCCGGAACUACGCGGACUUCAUGGCCUGCAAUCGAGCGCUGAUCGAGCAGGUGAAGCUGAUGCUGGCGGAGAACUCGCAGUUCCUGGCCAUUGGCGGUGAUCAUGCGAUCGGUUUCGGCUCGGUGGCCGGACACCUGCAGCACACGCCGAACUUGUCUCUGGUGUGGAUCGACGCGCAUGCGGACAUCAAUCUGCACAGCACCUCGCAGUCGGGCAACAUCCAUGGGAUGCCCGUGUCCUUUCUGCUGGAACAGCUCCGCACCACCUGGCAGCACGCCGGCCUCCAGGAUAUCGCGCCCAACUGUUUGCCCAAGGAUCAGUUGGUUUACAUCGGACUCCGGGACAUUGACCCCUACGAGGCGUUCAUAUUGAACAAAGUUGGGAUACGCUACUAUGCGAUGGAUACCAUCGACCGGGUGGGCGUGCCCAAGAUCAUUGAGAUGACGCUGGACGCCCUGAAUCCGCAGAACAAGAUCCACGUGAGCUUCGACAUCGACGCCCUGGACAGCAAUGUGGCGCCCAGCACCGGCACCGCCGUGCGCGGUGGCCUGACGCUCCGCGAGGGCAUCAGCAUCGUGGAGGCACUGAGGGACACCAAGCGGGUGCAGGGCGUCGACCUGGUGGAGAUCAACCCCAAGCUGGGCAGCGAGCGCGACGUGCGCACCACCGUGGAGUCCGGCCUAGAGAUCCUGAAGAGCAUGUUCGGCUACCGACGAUCCGGCCACUGGAGCAACAUCGACACCGGCAUCCUGGACAGCGAUUUAGGAUCAACAACACAACAGCGCUAACUCUUGAGCUUAUCAAUAUUUAUGUACAACAUUCUUGCCAUAUUUGUGUGUGCUUACAUAUUUUUUUUCUCGUAUCUUAAUGAAAAAAUAAACAAAAAUAUUAGUUUAAA